CUUGUAGGAUCAGUUCUUGCUAAAGAAGGCAGGAUAUCUAUUGUUUCUGAUUUUUUCUCUAGUGCACUUAAGAUUGUUUUCAAGCAACUCAAACAAGAUGAUUCAGCUGCUUCGAGUUCCAGACCAAGGACUGAUCUUUUGGUGCAACAGGUUAACAGUAUUCGUCAGGAACUGCAACUUCUGGCAUCAAAUAGAUCUGUUACAAUUGUCACUGGAAACCGAUCAGGAAAAAACGAGAAUGAGAAAGAAGGCUACAUGUGGCUCAAGGAGAGGGAAAAACCGGAAGAUCAUAGGGACCGUACAACGGACCAAAGAUCGUGA